AUGAUCAUCGAUCACGACGCGCUUCAAGAGACACUAAGAUCAGCUGGUCAGGCCCGUAUUGCAGAGGCCAAGGGAGAACAGCCGCCGACUCUGCCAAUUGAGCCCGACAGCCCCGACGAUAUACCGCCAGAGACCCAAACACUGUUUCGCGAGGGGAGCGAUUAUUAUCGCACCCCGCGUGCAGGCCAUCCGAGAUCGACAAACCGGUACCCCCUGAGAAGCUACGACCUGAUGGUCAAUUAUUCAUCAUACGCUUUCAUGGAAUUGAUCUCGCCUCGUCCUCCCCUAAUGGUAGCUGGAGCUGAUGCGGACACCCGGUAUUUCAGCGAGGAAGCCGUAGCACGCGCAAAGGAGCCCAAAGAGCUGUUUCUCGUUCCUGGAAAGACCCAUAUUGGCCUGUAUGAUGAUCUGAGUGUGUCUUUUCCGAAGCUUCUUGACUUCAUGAUCAAAUCCCUCGCUCUUUGA